ACAAUGCAUAGCGGAAGCUUACUUUUUGUUGUUGCACUCAUAGAAAAUGGCUGCUGUGAGUUAGAUUCAGUUAGGCGCUGGAAAUACUGUCCUGCGAAACUAAUGCACUUUUCCCGGGAUUUACAGUCAUCGAUGAUGCGAGUCGUUUUAUUGCUCCUUACAAGGCAUUGAGUGGUUGACUGAUGGAGGUUGGCGCGUCGGGAUAACGACAGAAUCUGCAACUGUCAGCGAGGCGACCGGCGGUGGACCACAAUGCAACACAUUUUGGAGGCUGCCUUGGAUCGGGCUGAGUAUAUCGUGGAAAGCGCUCGCCAGCGGCCGCCCAAGAGAAGAGGCUCUUCCAGCGGGAGGAAGUCUCUCUACCAGAAGCUCUAUGAGCUGUCCCAGGAGGAGUGCGAGAAGGAACCCGAAUUAAAGAAACUGAGGAGAAAUGUCAAUCUGCUGGAGAAGCUGGUCUCCCAGGAGGCGGUGUCGUGCCUGGUGGUCAACCUGUACCCGGGGAAUGAGGGCUACUCGCUGAUGCUCCGGGGGAAGAAUGGAUCUGACUCCGAGACCAUCCGGCUUCCCUACGAGGAGGCGGAGCUCCUGGAGUACCUGGACGCCGAGGAGCUGCCCCCCAUCCUGGUGGACCUGCUGGAGAAGGCGCAGGUGAACAUCUUCCACUGCGGCUGCGUCAUCGCCGAGGUCAGGGACUUCCGGCGGUCCGCGAACGCCAAGAUGCCGACGUACCAGAGCCAGCACAUCCUGCUGCGGCCCACCAUGCAGACCCUGAUCUGCGACAUCCACGCUCUGACCAGCGACCAUCACAAGUGGACACAGGACGACAAGCUGCAGCUGGAGAGCCAGUUGAUCUUGGCCACCGCUGAGCCCCUGUGCCUGGAGCCCUCCCUCUCUGUGACCUGCACUGCCAAUCGCCUGCUCUACAACAAGCAGAAGAUGAACACCCGCUCUAUGAAGCGGUGUUUUAAGAGGCACUCGAGGGCGGCUCUGAACAGGCAGCAGGAGCUGGCGCAUUUCCCCACCCCCCCACAGCUGCGCCUCCUCGACUACCUGCAGAGGAGGAAGGAGAGGAGAGCGCCUCCCUCCAUCGACCUGAAGAUCUCCAAGGCCGGGAGCCAGUGUGUGGACACGUGGAGACAGAACAGCUGCCAGCUCACUGCCCCUGCUGAAGUCAAUGUGGAGCAGUACGCCGUGGUGGAGAAAUCGGUGAAGUUGGAGGAUUCUCAGCCCGUCGUCUGGCCUGCUCAGGAAGUGAAGGAUGACUACCUGUUUGAAUGUGAAGUGGGCGGACAGUUUCAGAAGACCCGGGUGUCCAUCUAUCAGUCGGUGGGGGACCCCCUGGUCUACGGGAAGAUAUACAGCGCCAAAGACCCCAAAUCUGAGGAGGACCCCAACGACCUGCACCUCAUUCACCCACCCUUUCUGAUUGGUUCAAAGAUUGAUGCUGACAGGUUCCUGAACCAGUACAAAGAGGUGUACGAGCGGGACGUGAAGUGUCCCGUGAAGAUGUCCCACAAUUCUGGGAGCGCGGCGGUGCAGGGGGGGCACGCCUCCCCCGGGAGGGAGCUGGAGGUGAGGGCCUCGUCCGGGCCGACGCCCGUUACCCAGGCUGACGGUUUCUCCCCGCUGGUUCAGUCCUCAGUGUUGGGGAAGGGAGUUAAACACAGGCCGCCUCCCAUUAAACUGCCAACGGGGCCCGGCAACAGCUCCUCAGGUAACCCCUUCAGCUCGCCGCCGACGACGGGUCACCUCAAGUGCACGACUCCGCCCCCCUCCAAGAGCCAAUCGCUGUCCCGGAAGCACUCCAUGGAGCUGAGCCAAUCCGGCCUGCUGUCGCCUGCAGCGGUGUCUCCCAUUGGCUCCUCACAGAGAUCGGGGACCCCCAAGCCCCCCACGCCCACGAACACGCCCUGCUCCACGCCCCACCCGCCGGACGCGCAGGCGGCCACGCCCACCCCCCAGGACCCGGCGGUGGGGCCCCAGCCGGCCCUGCUGGCGCCCUUCGCCCAGCAGCAGAUGGCGCUCAGCCAGACCCUGCCCGUCAUGACCAUUCCGCUGCCCACCAUGGCCAGCUCCAUCACCACCGGCACCUCGUCCUCCCAGGUCAUGGCCAGCCCCGCCGGGCUCAACAUCAUCAACGUGGUGGGCUCCGUCUGCAGUCCCCAGGCUCUGAUGAGUGGCUCGAACCCGAUGUUGGGCUGCAGCCCUGGUGCUCUGAACCUGAGCGGGAUCCUGCCCGGAGGAGGUCUGAUGUCCGGGGCCCUCCCCACCAUGCAGCCCACAGCACAAGCAGCAGGGAGCCCCUUUGGUCUGAAUAACUCCUCAGGACUGCGACCCUUGAACCUCCUCCAGCUUCCCUCCGGACCCCUGAUCUUUAACUCUCUGCAGCAGCAGCAGCUGUCCCAGUUCUCCCCACAGCAGCAGAACAGCCAGUCGGCCACUUCCAGCCCCCAGCAGCAGGGGGAGACGGUGGACCAGGGCAUGGGCGGGCCGGACCAGGCCCUGGGGAGCCAGCAGACGGCGGUAAUUAACCUGACCGGAAUGGGCGGGUUCAUGUCCCCUCAGGCCGCAGUGCUAUCCCAGCUGGGCUGUGGCCUGGACAGGCCUGGGCCCAGUCUUCCACCAUCGAGGCUCCACCUCCCCCAGGGCUUACCACACCAACAGCACCAGCCACAGAUCCAAUUGCAAUUCUUGCAGCACCAAAUGCAGCAGCAAAUGGCUAUGGCGGGGGCAGCGGCGCAGGGUCCGGCGCCGCCACGGCAACAUUCCGCCAGCCAGCCAAGAAGUAAGCGGAAGCGGAGCACCCCGCAGCCCCUGCCCAAAUCGUGAGGGGAUGCCGGCCCGGUAGACCAUGGUUCGCCCCUGCCACGCGGAUCCCCUUACCCCCCGGUUAAAAAACAAAGAGACCUAUCGAUACUGUACUCCGGUGUCCACACUUAAUACGCCACCUCGAGAGUUCAAAAGACUGUUUUUUUGUUUUGUUUUUUUUUUUUUUUAAAUACAUUUAAAAAGAUACAUGACAGUUGGUGACGAGGGCAGGUCCGAAUGAGGCUCGUCAUUUUGGACGCCAAGGUUAUUCUCUGUAAGGCAGAAUCGGGCAAACUUGGUCCUGGAGCACCAGAGGAGUUGUAUGGUUGUAGUUUCACCCAAACUCAUAACUGCACCCAUUCUGAACAGUUUUUAGGUUUCCUCUGUGCAGAUGACCAUGUACUGCCUUUCAUUACUAACCGUUAAGUUGGGGUACCAAACUAGUCAAACUACCCAGAAACAUCUCUGGCGCUCCAAGACCAGCAGAGACUACUGCUGUUGUGCUUACUGACUCUAGGGUUGUGCCUUCUGAGGAACUCGAAGGAGGUCUUCUGGGUUGAUGUCCCAGUAUUCAGGUGUGGAAAUGCGCAAGGCUUUUAGAAACAGGACUCCACACACAAUGGCGGAGUCCGCAUGAAUGUGUGUUCAGGAUUUUGGCCUGCCAAAGGUGUUCCUCGUGCCGCGUCUGCUUUCGAACCCUCCGCAGAGGAGCGUUUGGGCGCCUGCUGCGCCCCACCGACUUCCUCCUCGCGGCUUCGCAGAGGGAGAGCUUAAAGGGCCUUGGAAACGCGGCCCGGCGACGGCGGGCGAUUUAGCUACCGCCGUCGACCGACGAAGGGUGAAUUUCAAGAACGCACGUGCGUUUUUAAUCCAGCACGUUUUAAAACGAUGUCGUACUCAACAGGGAUUUGUGUACUGUACAUUCAUAUGAAAUCAGGUGUGGAGGGAGGGGG